CAUAACGACACAGAUACUACUAGUAGCAGUUGCGAAGUCAUACAACAAUGAUCAUAGACAGGGAGACUAAGAAGCUAUUUUCUUUUCUAUUUUACACAUAUGCAUAUACCGAUAGAACUCAGUGAAUAUUAUUCACGAAAACAAAUAUCACUCUUGGGACCGGUCGUUGUGGUCAAAUGAGAUUAGUUCAAUUGUUCGACGACUUUUCCAUCCGGCUCCAACAGGGCCUCGAGGCGGCGGCGGCGUCGUUCCAAAUCUUCUCUGCGAGAAUCUACCUUGAGUUUGCGUCCUUCUGGAUCUGUUUCAGCUUCAACUGCUGCUUCUUCCACUACUGCUUCUUCCACUAAAGGUUCUUCAGGUUCCGCGUAUGCUGCUUCUGCGACCAUAUCUGUAAAGUCUAAUUCAACUUCCGCUUCUUCUACUACUACUACUACCUCUUCACCCCCUGGAGGUGGUGGUGGGUAUGGUUGUUUCUUCUUUUUGUCCUUCUUGGCAGACUUUCCGGCCUUUCCGCUCUUGCUACUUUUCCCGUCAACCAUAAUGUCGCCAGGAAUGAGAAUAUUGUCAACCGUGUGGAUUACACCGUUACAACCGACGACGUUAGUAGAAAACUCUCCUUUUACGGUCUGCCUCCUCGCAAAGAGACCACCCGUAGCUUCUAGUGGAAAUUGGGAAGCAGAGAACACAUUAAUUGGUUGUCCGAUGACUGGUUGCUCGGCCUCCAUCGUGUUGCCGCCUCCGAUUUGCGUCGGGUUGGUAACGGCGUUUCUGCAUUUGGUUUUCUGGUAUUGCUGGUCCUGUGCCAAAGCCGAAAGGUUCAAGGUAUCGUAUAUACCGUCGCACUCCAAAUCCUCCAUCAGAAAAGUGCUCGGCAAGAUAUGAAGCUGCAGGAUUUGGGCGACAAACUUGUUGUAAAGAGCCAGAGCUUCUGGUGUACCUGUGUUUCUAAGUUCCACGAGCAUGCUAUAAAGAGGAUUGCUAUCGAAGGCAGAGUCCGUUGGAGCAAAAAUCGUGUGCAAGUUGAGUCCCGUGUUGAUGUAUGCUUUGAUAUCGAUAGGAGCGCCUCCAUCUACAACAAAUGGACCGGAAUUGAGGAGGUCACAAAACUUGGAAAAGGUCGCGCCGUCGUCGCACAAAAGCCUGUCUGUUGAUUCCAAAAUAGCAUAGGGAAAUGAAAAUGGAAAGAUAGCGACGUGUACGGUAAGCACGGUAAUGAACCAAUGAUAAGGACUGUAUUUAAUUUGUUMUCCGUGACGGAAGCUUUGUUUCUCUCCACUUACAAGUUCGGAACGUGUUUCCAUUGGAAGCAUCGUUAGUGCAGGAGUCGAGGCCAAAAAUUGUUGGUUCUGGUUUUUUUCUCGCCUCAGCACCCGAUGAUAGAAGCAAAGCGAGAAGGAACGCCGGGAAAGUGUUUUUGAUGCUCGUCAUGAUAAAACAGUUUCUYGACAAGGUUAUCUUUCUUUUGUGUUGUGAUKUGUAUGUUUGAGUGCCUUUGCAAAAUGCCUUGAAAGCUAUGURAGGAAAAAGUUGUGAUUACGUGAAAAGGCAGCGUGACUGACAGAAGGUAUUGUGGUUUUUGGUAUGCGGGGUGCUAUCCGUUCUCAUAUUGCCUUCCAAUAGAACGUGACUUGAUUAUUGUCCGUAGCAUUUCAAGGUACACAUGCUUUCCUGACAUCGUAUUUGUUGUUAACUGGUGUGAUUAUCCGUUAGAAUAACAAUUUUGUGGAGCACGGAUAUUUCAUUCUAACGGAUGAGGUUUUCUCCGGCACGGGAGGUGCACGAUACAUCGAGCACCUUGGUGAGAGUUUGGACAUUACGUACUACGAAUACUAYUGUAUCUUCAAAUGAUUUUGUACUGUACAUUACUGUACAUUCCUACCGUGCCGUAUGUAUUUCUCGAUUUUGUACCGKGCGUAGCGUACAUACGUAUUUACCAACACAAACGUGCUCUCGUCUAGUCACCCUCUCUGACACGUCUGGGACGAAGUUUCUUAUGACUACUCGGCGCGCCAUAACGGUUGAAAUAACGCAUUUUGACUCUAGCAUAUAUUGUCGAAUGACUCUUCUACUACCGUACUGUACGAACUACAACUGCUUUGAUUAUCCAGUAAAGUACCAUACCGUACCGAACGUAGGUUGUUCCCCUCCUACCGUACCCCCUCUGGCGAGGCGCUCUGGCGAGGGGGUUAUUUUAAAGUUGAUUUAUGACGUUUUCGUCCGCGCGGGAUCAUUCUUAGGAUACUACUCGUACUUCUACCGUACGUAGCCGCCUUACCGUUGACAUGRCAAAAAGCAGAACUUGACUAAUCUUACGAUACAGUAUAUUUGCUACGGAAUAGUAAGAGUUACUUCGUACUUACCCCAACGGGUCAUAAGUACGUACCGUAAGGUUGUCAGAUUAUUAUGGAUCAACGGUAACKYACGUUUACUACCAUAGCAGUCAUAAUAAUCAAUAAUUAAAGUUCAGUUUAUUGAGAUAAUUGACUGGGCCUAAUAUAGCCAACGAUCGCGGAUUGUUUGCAAGUGCGAGUACGUAGUUGUAAUAACUAGAAGUACGACCAGCAACAUUUUGCAUAAUUGCCUUCCACCCAAAGUCACACUUUGUUUCAAAUUUUUCACGCUUUUGAAUCGGAAGCAUGUUCCAGMUUGUUCCAUUUUCACCUUAGAAAUUGGAAAAUAGAAUCGGAAUCCCACGAAACGUCAACAUAACCUACUGCCACGGUGGCAACUGGUCACUCGUUUGAACAUCGAUUCAUUCCCGCCGCUCAAUAAACGACCAUAUUAAUUAUUAAACUAGCAGACUGACUGAAACCAAUUCGCCGGUCGUUCACAAACAAGCAACGACUUCAUGCCGAUCGCCGAGGUCACCUUUCCAAACUAGUCGUGAUGCUGAACGAUUGUSGCAUUCAUCUACUUGUAGACACGAGAGAACCAAAAUCGAAAGCACCAGCGAUAAGCUCACAAAAACAAAAAUCUCCAAGGCAAACAACAACUACCAAAGCAAGCAUACCCAAAAUCCUUUGCAUCAACAAAAUGGCAACUACCAUUGGCAGCGAACAAAAACAACACCARCAUCUUCCACAAAAUAGCAGCCCCACCCCCUUCGUCGACAUCGACAUCGGGAUCGACAUGGGCAAUGGCGAAAACCAYGGUGAUGCUCUACAGCCUCCGGCACUCCAUCUCCGAUGGAAAAACAUCACGAAAAAGGUCGACACGAAACCCGAGGACAGGGCCAGCGCGAUACUGAGAAGCAGCAGGAUCAGCAGGGUGACACCGAACCGGCACCGGAAGGACAGCAAMUCUCUUUCCAAAACCAMCMCCAGGGUAAUCCUGAACAACGUGAGCGGGGAGGCUCGCCCGGGGGAAAUCCUAGCACUGAUGGGCCCCUCCGGAUCCGGAAAGACGAGCCUCAUGAACGUGCUCAGCGGCCGAGCGGCCUUYCAGGAGGGGGCCGUCACCCUGAACGGAAUGAUCCUCGACAAGGCGGCAAUGAAAAAAGAGCUCCUGCCGAGGGUGGCCUACGUCAAGCAGCAGGAUGUCUUUUUCGAAACGCUUACCGUCCGGGAACAGCUGACCUACACGGCUCGGCUUCGGUUUCCGGAAAACCUCGCGUGGGAGGAACGAACCAAGACCAUCCAGAAAAAAGUCGAACGGAUUCUGGAACAACUCAAGCUCACCAACAUCGCCGAUAGCCCCAUUGGAAUGUGCUCCGGGGGCGAAAAAAAACGGGUCAACAUCGGAACCGAGCUCCUCACCGACCCUGCGAUAAUCUUGCUAGACGAGCCCACCAGCGGGCUCGAUUCGGCGUCGGCCGUUAGCCUCCUUGGGAUACUCAGUGAUCUAGCGCGGAAACAGGGCAAGACCAUCUUGACCAGCAUCCACCAGCCAAACUCGGCGACCUUUCUCAACACUUUUGACAAACUAAUGGUGCUUUCCGAUGGAAAUGCCGUGUACUUUGGAACUCCAACCGAUUCGCUCGGCUACCUGAGGCGCCACCACCUUGCGUGCCCGGAAGGAUACAAUGCCGCUGAUCAUUGGAUGGAUCUACUCGUCAGCGAUAGUUUCGUUCGCAAAGGAGGGAACAAUGGCAACGGAUGCGAUAGGGACAACUCCAACUCCACCGGAAGGUCUCCGAGGUUUUACCUCCAGCUGGCUUGGGACAACGAUGCGGUGGCCGAGCAAAUGAACCUUACCUCGAUACUCCAUCCCCAGGGUGGCACCAAUGAGGGCGAUGCUUCCGCACUCAACAAGGCCACGGGAGAAAGAAGAAUAAGUGCAGGCAGCAAAUAUACAACGUCUUGGUCGACCCAGUUCGUCACCCUCACCCACCGGGCCCUCGCAAAGAACAAGUCUACCUUGUUCAGUCCGAUCCACAUUCUCAAAACUAUAGCAACGGGGGUUGCCGUCGGCAUCGUCUACUGGAACCAGUCUUACACGGAAAAGGACGUCUUCAACAUCUACGCGUACUUCUUCUUUACCAUGCUAUACUGGGUCAUGAACGGCAUGUUCGAGGCCCUUUUUGCCUUUCCGCAGGAACGCACCAUCGUCCUCAAGGAACGAGCAACCGCGUCCUACCGGCUCAGCGCCUACUUUGCCGCAACGACAAUCGCCGACCUCCCCCUCUUUUUGUUCAUGCCGUUCACCUUCCUGGUGAUCAGCUACUGGAUGGCCGUCCCAUCGCUCGGCUUUGUCACCUUCCUGGGCAUCCUGUCCAUUGCGCUGCUCAGCGUGAUCACCGGGCAGGGGAUGGGCCAACUCGUGGGAGCAGCCUUCGACGACAUCAAGGUCGGGCAAGCGGUCGCCACCGUUGGAGUCCUCUUUCUCAUGCUGCUGGGUGGUUUCAUGGCGCAGAACAUACCCCCCUGGCUGUCUUGGGUAAAGUACCUCUCGCCCUUUUCGUACGCCUCCAACGCAGCCCUCAAACUGAUCUUCCGAARCCCAAUCCCUUGCGACGGCACCGGGGCAAUGAGCCCGGUGUGCACCCCCGGUAAUGCCAUCGGAUCCAUCGAUCCCGAAGUUAUCUUCGGACAAUAUGGAGUGACACUCUCUCUAGCCGCCAACGUUGCCUGCCUACUGGUUUGCUGCAUCGUUCCCCGUGGAUUUGCCUAUUAUUUCCUGAGAAAAAAGAAGGCCGGCGAGAGAGAGUGAGCAAACAGAAUCCGGACCCAUCUGCCCCAUCGUGGAGCAAAAGAGAAAGGAAACAAUUUGCAUGUAGUUUCGUGCAAAACUCAUACAUAGAUGUGCCAUAGAACUAAAGUAAUACGAAUAAC